UAAAUAUGGAUACUGUGGGAAAGCAGUCGCCUUUCGAAGAUCGGACUUCUCAGCAGAAGCAAACAAAAAUAUUUCCCAUUCAGUCCCCCCAAGGCCCCAACUCUGAUUGAUAUCUGCUAACAACAAACAACAAACAGCAGCAAAUCGGAGGAGAAGAAGAAAUAAGACGAACAGAGAGAAGAUUAGCAGACAACAGAUAGAGAGGAAGUGAGAAGUCGUUCCCUUCACUUUACAACUUCUUCUUCUUCUUCUUCUACUUCGAGUCAGUUAUGGUGGUUCUAUUUCUAUGUUGAUUGGGUAUCCCAUUUUGGCUUCGUCAUGCCUUCACGCCUGCUUUCACCGCCGCCGUUGAUCUUACCGGCCGAAAUAUCACCACCUAAACCUCCACCCCUCUCUGAAUCAACUCACAACAGACCAAUCAACUCUCGUCUCGUCACGCCAAUCGCUGCUGGGGCCGCUGCUUUCUCAAUACUCUUAUGUCUUGUUUGUCUUUACCGGAAAUUCUCCCGGAGAAGGACGGCUCCCUCAGAUCUGAAGCCCCCCUACCGCUUCUCCUAUUCUACCCUCCGCCACGCCACGUCGUCUUUCUCGCCAGAUAACCGGCUUGGGCAAGGUGGUUUCGGUUCCGUGUACCGGGGCACCCUCCCCUCCGGCCAAGAAAUCGCCGUCAAGCUCAUGGAUUCCGGCUCCCUACAAGGCGAACGUGAGUUCCAGAACGAGCUCUCCCUGGCCGGGAAGAUCGACUGCGAUCGAGUGGUGACGCUUCUCGGUUUCUCCUGCGACCGGAGACGGCGGCGGAUGCUACUCGUGUACGAGUUGAUGCACAAUCGGAGCUUGCAAGAUGCGUUGCUCGAUCGAAAGUGUCCAGAGCUGAUGAGCUGGAAUAAACGAUUCCUCAUUGCAAUGGACAUUGCCAAAGGACUUGAGUUCCUUCACACUGUAUGCGAUCCGCCUGUUAUUCACGGCGAUAUCAAGCCUAGUAACAUUCUGUUAGAUUGCUUUUUCUCAGCGAAGAUUGCGGACUUCGGUCUCGCCCGGUUGAAGGCUGAGGAAGUUUCUGAAGUAUUGUUGGAUGUCGCCGACGGCGGCGCGGCGAAGAUUAAUAAUACAUCCAAGGGUAAAAAGAAAGAGGGAUCGGAGAUUAAUGGUGGAGCCGAGGAUAAUGGAUCUAUACUUGAAGAGACCGAGAGCGUGGCGACAGGGUACGAAGAGGUGAAUAUUGGUGCGGAUCAGUCACCGGAGAGUUUUUUGAGGGUUCCGGAUGUGGAGGCAUCACCGGAAACAGUUGUAGUAGAGGCGUCGCCUUCCGAGUUGUUGGACAAGACGAGCGUGUCUGAGGGGUAUUUCGAUAAGCUAAGUGUUGAUAGUGGGAAGGACUUGGUCAGUGGUGAUGGAAAUCGGAGGGGUGGCCGGAAAAAAAGUAUUUCUGGGAAGGACUGGUGGUGGCGCCAGGAUAAUGGGGGUGGUUCUGAGUCAGGAAGGGUGAAGGACUAUGUGAUGGAGUGGAUUGGGACAGAGAUAAAGGAGAGACCCAAAAGUGAUUGGAUUGCGACCUCGGCUUCCGUUGAGGAUGGUAAGCCCGUUGGGAAAUCGGAGAGUAAGAAGCAGCAGAAGCGUAUGGAGUGGUGGACGUCAUUAGAUGAGGAGAAGAUCCGGAAGAAGGAGAAGCGCAGACCUGCUAGGGAGUGGUGGCGGGAGGAGUUCUGCGAGGAGCUUAGCCGGAAGAAAAAACGGGGAAUUAAGCAUAGUGGUGGGAGCGGUGUCGACAAUUGGUGGCAAGGGGAUGAAGAUUUUGGAGCGGACACAAGGAAGAAGAAGAAGAGCCGGAGCAGGAGCAGGAGCAGUCGAGGAAGUAUAGAUUGGUGGUUGGAUGGGAUUAGUGGUGAGCUCCGGGGUGGUCGUCGCAAUAGCCAGGAUUGGGUAAGCGGAGAGAUACCCAAGAGUGGUGGUGUCAGUAGCACCCCCAGCAUGAGGGGAACCGUCUGCUACGUAGCUCCUGAGUAUGGGGGUGGUGGGCAGCUCUCUGAGAAAUGCGAUGUGUAUAGCUUCGGAGUUCUGCUGUUGGUUUUGGUAUCUGGUCGGCGUCCCCUCCAGGUGACAGCCUCACCUAUGUCGGAGUUUGAACGUGCAAACCUUAUUUCAUGGGCUCGCCAUCUUGCUCGCAGAGGGAAGCUGCUGGAUCUUGUCGACCCAUCGAUUCUGGGGUUGGAUCGAGACCAAGCAUUGCUCUGUAUCACGGUUGCACUCCUCUGUCUACAACGAUCACCUGCUCGCCGGCCCUCUAUGAAAGAAGUUGCGGCUAUGCUUUCCGGUGAGUCUGAGCCUCCACACCUGCCAUUUGAAUUUUCCCCGUCGCCACCUUCCAGCUUCCCAUUCAAGUCCCGGAAGAAGCCUCGGUGAGUAUUCUGUGGCCUGCAACCUAUCUCCAUGAACAGCAGGGUGCACCGUUAUCGGUGAUUUUUAGUCUCAUCUUUGGUAGAUGGUAGAUGUAGAACGUAGAUGUAUGCAUUCCAUGGAUUGGGCGAGUUUUACCUGCUCUUCUUGUACAGAGGUAUAGUCUGGCUUACCAAGCCCAGUUCAGUAUAAACCAUUCACUGGAGCCAUGACUGAGUCAUGAAAAAGAGGAUCCAGAGAAUGACCCCAGCAGCUCACCUUCUUAAAAUUUGUUUCGGACAUGAUGACAACUGACAAGUGUUGAAUUAUAUAACAAUCCCCACUUUUUAUGUUGAAGCCACCCUAAUCAAUAAAUAAAAUCCAUUAGUGGGCAGGAGGCUGAAUGAAUAGCUUACUUUUUUCAAUUCUGUAACUUACUGGGCCAAGGAACUUUUCCUCUUUCAUUCAGAAUGUGGGCAUACGAAAUCAGAUCCUAUGUAAAUGUUUGUUUUAUUUGCAGAAAGAAGUGAGAAAGAAAAUAUUACAUUUGAGAAGUUGAAUGGUGCUGUUCUUCUUUUUGACUGUUUACACUCUUGUAAAGGCUGUAAGUUUCUUGUAGAGUAGAGCAAGUUUGCGUGGUUAUUGUGUUGGAAUGAAAAUCUCAACUGGAUUUGAAUCUA